AUGGCGCUAACAUUGUAUGCCACAGUAAGAGAUGACACAAAAAAGUUAAUCAUCUUGAGUGACCCGGAAACCAAGCAGCCCUCCACCGGCAAAUCAAGAUACAGCCAGACUGAACGUGAAGCAUUAGCUAUAGUAUGGGCCUGUGAACACUUUGACAUAUACAUCCGUGGCGCUAACAAUGUAAACAUUAUUACAGACCAUAAGCCACUGGAGAAGAUAUGGCAGAAGCCGAGACCACCCUUGAGAAUAGAGAGAUGGGGUUUACGUCUCCAACCAUACAAACUUACUAUCAAAUAUGAACCAGGAUGCAAUAACCCUGCUGAUUACAUGCCACACAGGAAAAACAGUGCCGCACGAAAAGAAAGUGCUAUGUUUAAUAGCCACACAAUCAGUGCCGAAUGCUAUGUCACUAAAGAUGCGAGUGAACGAGAUCGAACAAUACAGAAAGCUAUAGAGUAUACACGUAAUGGACGAUGGUACGAAAUGAAGAAUUUGGAUGACCAUCCAAUAGACAUAGAGGAACUUCAGGCAUAUAGGAGCAUACAAGAUGAACUUGUACACUGUGACACUGUCUUACUUCGAGACAAAAGAUUAAUUAUGCCGAAAUCGUUGAGAGACCAAGCUAUUAAAAUUGCUCACGAGGGACACCAAGGUCUUGCGAAAACCAAGGCAUUCCUUAGAUCCAAGGUCUGGUUUCCAGGAAUAAAUGAUAGAGUAGACGACUUGAUCAAAGACUGUUUAGCUUGCCAAGCAAUAACCCAGUCAAGACAAAUGGAACCACUUAAAAUGUCAGAAUUACCUCAAGAACCCUGGAGUGCUCUCAGUGCUGAUUUCUGCGGACCACUACCAUCUGGCGAUUACCUUUUCGUCAUUAUUGAUGAAUACUCAAGAUACCCUGUGGUAGAAAUAACAAAAUCUGUAUCAGCCCACAGUGUGAUACCCAUAUUGGACAAGGUACUGUCUACCUUUGGAAUUCCAAAAGUCAUCAAGACAGACAACGGAAGUCCGUUCAACUCACAUCAAUUUAGAGAAUACGCUAACAAUACCGGAUUCACUCAUAGGAAAAUUACUCCAAGAUGGCCUCGAGCAAAUGCACAAGCAGAAGCAUUUAACAAACCAUUAAUGAAGAUCAAAGCAGCCGAGAUAGAGAGGAGAAACUGGAAGCAGUCAAUGUUCCAAUUCCUGAGACAGUACAGAACAACCCCACACAGCUCAACAGGAAUAAGCCCUUUCAAACUACUGUUUAAUAGAGAGACAAAGACAAAGCUUCCAUCCAUCCCAAGGAAACAAACCAGGAAUGAUGAACUCCUGCGUCAGAAUGAUGAAAUCUCAAAAACAAUGAUGAAAGCCGAUGCGGACACCGAGAGGAACGUAACACGAAACACAUCAUUCUUUAAGAAAACAAGACAUCGACCCCAGACGACAGAAGCGGCUGAUGAAGAAGAGAUUAUAGAUGCCCCAGUGCAGAGAAAUCAUUCGACAAACCCAGAGGUUGAAGACGAUGACCCACAAACACCGCGACCCACAAGACGAUGA